AUGCCACUGACCCCGCUUCAACAAGGUCCCCCGAUACAACAAGACCUAGAUAAUGGCACCAAGCUUGCUAUGGAUCUAGAUACACAUUCUUCUCAGGCAACUGCUUAUGCGCAACCCAUAAGUAACAUUGGGUCAGAUUUGGACAACAGUUGGGACGAUCGGGUGAAUAUGGAGGAACCUAGCCACGCCUAUCCCCACGACGCGACGGACGACGACGAAGACAUGUCAGAAGGAGGGGCGCCUCUGACUACCGCAUUCUCACAUUCGGAUCUGUUAAAUGCUGAAAUGGAUAUGAUAGAUGCCGAUAUAAUGGGAAGUGAGAACUUGGCCCAGGUAUAUAUGGACCCUCACUUUGACUCCAUGUCAGAUAACGAGAACGACCUCCACUACCCCAAUACCUACCCCAAUACCUUCCACAAUCCCGGCCAGCCGUACCAUAAUACCCACGACGACAGCGAUGAGAGUCUAGACACCACUCAAGCUGAAGGCAUGUCUAUGCCACCAGACGGUUCAGGUCUGCCGGCGGCCAUGUCAGAGUUGUCGCAACAAUUGCAGCACCUACAAGAGGGACAGGAACAGUUUGAAGUGGUUGUGAAUGAGCAGAUGGGCGGUCACAUGAACAACAUGGAAGAUCAUUGGAAUUUAAGUCUAGGCGACUUCCUAUAUAGUUGGGGGUUGACUGUCUCUCAACAAGAAGAGAGAAGGCGCCAACGGGGACCCAAUCUCGGGGCCGUUCAUCAUCAACGUAUUCUCGAUGACCUAGAACCCGUGCGUUGCUCUGAUCUUCGAGGCGAGCUAUGCGAUAUUCAAAGAAUCAACUGGGCCGAACUUGGUGUUUCAAGACAAGAGGCGACACAGAUGCGCCGACAUACAUAUCAUAAUUAUACCAAUGUCCCAUGUCCUAGAAACCAGCGGCAUCCACGUCGCCAUGGCAUUAAGCUGGUUAAUCUAGUUAAUAAUCAAAAUUUCUUCAAAUUCCGGAGGUUGGAUUUUGAUCAUCACGUACGAUUAACACAUUUUCAACUAAGGAAUGUCAUGGCGUGUGCAAAUCGAGGGCAUGUGUUCUAUGCUGGAAAGUCGAGGAUAUUCCAGUGGAACCCGUCAAGCGUUACCAACUCAAUAGGACCAACUUCCGUGGUAAUGGAUUUGACGAAUCCCACCGUUCAGCCAUUCCAUGGGUUUCCGGGGGGUAUCCAGAUAUCAACCUUGGCCACGGCGCAUAAUAUCCUCGUUGCGGGUGGUUUCUGCGGGGAGUAUGCCUUAGUGAACUUGAUGGCACCCAAAAAUACCAAACAUACUGAAGGCCUUAUCACGGACGAAGUUAACAGCAUCACAAACCAUGUUCAGGUUCACUUGUCACGAGCGUCUUCCCUCCCCGUGGCUGCUUUUGCCUCCAACGAUGGGGGUUUCCGUGCUUUGGAUAUAAGCACAAACAAGUUUAUAACGGAACAUAAAUACGAAUACGCCAUAAACUGCAGUGCAAUUUCUCCAGAUCAACGUCUUCGUGUCAUGGUUGGAGAUACUUCCGACGUCAUGAUCACCAAUGCAGAGACAGGUGAAGUCCUUCAAUGUUUAGAGGGCCACCGUGACUAUGGAUUUGCCUGCGACUGGGCAGAUGAUGGCUGGACUGUCGCAACAGGCAACCAGGAUAAACAAAUUAAAAUAUGGGACGCGAGGAAGUGGACCUCCUCCUCUGGCGCAGCGACCCCUCUUACAACCAUCGCAGCGGAGAUGGGAGGCGUGAGGAAACUUAGGUUCUCACCUCUGGGCUCUGGCAAGCGAGUCCUAGUUGCCGCGGAACCAGCGGACCUUAUCAGCGUAAUAGACGCGCAGACCUUCAAGAGCAAACAAACGCUGAGCUUCUUUGGGGAGAUCGGAGGCGUCGACUUUGCCAACGAUGGCCAGGACCUACUUGUUGCAAACUGCGAUAGCAUGAGGGGCGGCAUAAUACAGUACGAGCGCUGUAAUUUUGCCAACCAAGCCUUCCAGAGCCUAGAACCCAACCCGGAAGGAAGGGCGUAUGACUGGGCCUCCGACAGAAGCCCAGCCAGGACCAGUUACAGAAAGUCGGCCACUGGUCUAGGGGUCAAUAUCGGGCAUUUCUAA